ACACGCUGCCCAGGCUGAUGGGGCCCAACACAGUCUACACAUCGGCCAGCCCCUGCUACUCUGUGAGGGGAAGGAGCCAGCGAGGUCGGUUUGACGAAGACCUUGCCAAGACUCCGGGUCCUGCGGCGCUCCCCAAAGUGCCUGUGGAUGCCUACAAGACCAGGGCGCCCGCGUACACGAUGGCAGCCCGACCAAAAGCUGGAGAGGGCAAAGCAGCGAAGCCCGGGCCGGCAGACUACAGCGUAGGGCCGGGUAAGGCAGCUGCCUCAGCUCUUCCCCUCUGUUUCACAAGCGCGGCCUUCACGCCUCUCCCCCUUCCCCUGAGGCUUCCUCCAGCCCAAGAGCUCCUGGCCGCAGGGACCAAGUGCAGGACAGCAGGCCUGCCCCCUGCCCUCGUGCCACCUGCGAGCAGAGGGAGGGAGGGAGGGACAGCACAGCACGCAGCUUUUCCUCCCUCUGCUCCUUUUCCCUUCAAUGGGACGCGCUGGUCCUUCCCAAGCUCUUCUGGGGGACGCAGCUCAGAAGGGCUCCAAGCAGCAUGCCCCCAGCAUAGGAGAGAGAGUUAGCUGCGAGCUCCCAGCUGCACACCC